CAGAACCUGAAACGGACACACUUUGACCCGGAGAGGAGACCCCAGCCCAACCUGGACCUCCAAUGUCCACAACGAAAAAGGACAUUUUAAUCAAUAUGUCAGAGUUUUGAUAGCGUCGUGACUUUUCUUUUUUACUCUAAGGCUCCGUGUCCUUGUAUUGGCUUAUAUUUAACAUGGUUUCAGGGCUCAGGUGUGUCGUCGGGUCACUCAGGAGGUACGGUUAGCUUAAACGGACUUAUUUUAGCUUCACCGGUACUCGGUUCAGUAAUGGAGCAAGAAUCUUUUCUAACAUCUGGAAGGAGAAGCGUAGAGAGUGAGUCGUCUUCAGGUUCACACACCUUAUCCGAAGGAGGCGACGUAACGGCCGAAGUGGACAUAAAAGUUUACAGAGAGGACGGUAACAACUCGGACAUUGAAGGCGUCACCGAGACAGAGGAUGAGAAGGAAACACAAGGGGGUGAAGACUGUGAAGAUGAAGAUGAAAAGUUGGACAAUAUCCUCUAUCCUCCCUCAACAUCCCUGAGGAAGUGCAGUAAUCCAGAGCUGACCAUUGGAUUAAGUCCUGCUCUCAAGCUUAAACGUCAUCUUAGUGAUGAUGGGAAACACGUUCGCAGAAGGAGCCUGGGUGGUGGUCUCACAGGAAAGUAUCUCUUACUACCCUCCAGUGCCCAGCAGACACUAACAACAUGGCAGCCGACAUCGGAGAUCUCUAACCUGCUUCGUGUGUGCUCCCUCAACCUUGGAAAGUCUGACCCUUCCCUCCCGUCCAGUCCGAAAGAGUUGAGUCUUCCCAGAAGAGGAAGUUUCUGCAGAACGAGCAACAGAAAAAGCCUGAUUGGAAGUGGUCAAUCCUCAGGUUUACCACGACCUCACUCCCCCCUCUCCUCUCUUACAGGAACAAGUCCACAAGACAGUCCCAGAAAUUUUUCUCCUAGUGCCUCUGCUCAUUUCUCUUUUGCACGAAGUCAUUGCCACAGAGCAGAAAGGACUGAUGGUCGCCGCUGGUCACUGGCCUCCCUUCCCUCCUCUGGCUAUGGAACCAACACGCCCAGCUCCACUGUCUCUUCAUCCUGUUCAUCACAGGAGAAGCUGCACCAGCUGCCCUUCCAGCCUACACCCGACGAACUGCACUUCCUCUCCAAGCACUUCUGCACUGAGAGCAUCUCCGGAGAUGAAUGCCGGAGAGCGACGGCUAUGCGACCCCGCUCACGAAGUCUCAGCCCUGGAAGAUCUCCGUCCUGUUAUGACCAUGAGAUUAUUAUGAUGAAUCACGUCUACAAGGAAAGGUUUCCCAAGGCCACAGCUCAGAUGGAGGAAAGGAUUCAGGAGAUCAUCCGCAGUAACUCCCCAGAGAGCGUCCUCCCUUUGGCAGAUGGCGUGCUCGGCUUUGCCCACCACCAGAUAAUUGAACUGGCCCGUGACUGUCUGGAGAAGAGCCGACUAGGACUCAUCACCUCCAGCUACUUCUGCGAGCUCACUGACAAGCUGGAGAGGCUCGUUCAGGAAUCCACAGAGAGGUCAGAAAGCGAGGAAGUGAACUUCAUCAGAGAACUGGUGAAGAAGAUCCUUAUAGUCAUAGCCCGACCUGCUCGACUCCUGGAAUGUCUGGAAUUUGAUCCGGAGGAGUUUUACCACCUUUUGGAGGCAGCUGAAGGACACGCUAAAGAGGGCCAGGGCAUUAAAACGGACAUCCCCCGUUACAUCAUUAGCCAGCUGGGACUCACAAGGGAUCCUCUGGAAGAAAUUGCUCAGUUGACCAGCUGUGACAGUGGGAUUGCAGAAACCCCUGAAACAGAUGACUCUUCUCAGAGCUUGAGUACAGCCUUGCGUUCCAGACGUAAACCCUGUGAACUGGACUUUGAGAUGACAAAACUCAUCAGUAAUGGUGCCUAUGGAGCUGUUUAUCUGGUCCGUCAUAAGGAAACCAAGCAGCGAUUUGCUAUGAAAAAGAUCAAUAAGCAAAACCUGAUUUUGAGAAACCAGAUACAACAGGCCUUUGUAGAAAGAGACAUCCUUACCUUUGCCGAAAACCCUUUUGUGGUGUCCAUGUACUGCUCCUUUGAGACGCGGCGGCACCUGUGCAUGGUCAUGGAGUACGUAGAAGGGGGAGACUGCGCCACUCUUUUGAAGAACAUGGGUCCUUUACCUGUGGAUAUGGCCAGGAUGUACUUUGCGGAGACAGUCCUGGCUCUGGAGUAUCUCCACAAUUAUGGCAUCGUCCACCGGGAUCUUAAGCCUGACAAUUUGCUGGUUACGUCGAUGGGCCACAUAAAGCUAACAGAUUUUGGGCUGUCAAAAGUCGGGCUGAUGAAUAUGACCACCAACCUGUACGAGGGUCAUAUAGAGAAAGAUGCCAGGGAGUUCUCUGAUAAGCAGGUGUGUGGAACUCCAGAGUAUAUUGCACCAGAGGUGAUCCUGAGACAAGGUUAUGGGAAGCCGGUGGACUGGUGGGCUAUGGGCAUCAUCCUCUAUGAGUUCCUUGUGGGCUGUGUGCCAUUUUUUGGAGACACCCCAGAGGAGUUAUUUGGACAAGUAAUCAGUGACGAGAUCAACUGGCCCGAGGGAGAGGAUGCCCCGCCCCCUGACGCUCAGGAGCUCAUCACGUUGCUGCUCAGACAGAACCCUUUGGAGAGGAUGGGCACAGGUGGAGCAGCUGAAGUGAAGCAGCAUCAGUUUUUCCACAACUUGGACUGGAAUGGCCUGUUGAGGCAGAAGGCUGAGUUUAUUCCUCAGCUGGAGUCUGAAGAUGAUACCAGCUACUUUGACACUCGCUCUGAGAGAUACCAUCACCUGGAGACUGAAGAAGAGGAUACGAAUGAUGAAGACUUCAAUGUGGAGCUCCGGCAGUUCUCCUCUUGUUCCCACAGAUUCUCUAAGGUUUACAGCAGCAUUGAUUUGUCCCGUGGGCACCUGGAGGAGAAGGGAGAGACAGAAGAGAAGAAGAGUGAGAGCCCACUGACUGUGGACUCUCUCAGCUGGACGCCAGACUUCGCUGAAAUGCCGUCCUUGUCCCACUCGACAGACACGGACAGUGUACAUCAGGGACUUCGCCCUGGUUUGCUGCCAAAGUUUGCCAUUUCAGCAGAAAGUGAAUGCGACGAAUCCUCAGGCCUCGGCGACCCCAGCAAAGCAUCAUUCUCUAUUGGCGAACUGCCGCAGGAUGAGCCUGAUGCAACCACCCCUGGCAGCACUCACAGUGGAGCCACUCUGUCUGGAAGUUUCUCUGAACAUUUGGACCAGCUGACCCCUAGAGGUGAAGGGAUAGAAAGUCCUGACAGUACCAGCCACACCUCUGCAGACCAGGGGGUUCAGAGUACGUCUCUGCAGCCUGAGAGCAUUGUGCAGAAGAUUGGAGCAGUGGCUAAAGUCCCAAAGUCCGUCUCAACUGGGACACUAUCUCUUAUGAUCCCAGGGGAUAUUUGUGGUGCAUCUCCUUUGCCUAGCCCACUGUCUCCGUACUCCCUCUCCUCUGACCCCUCCUCAAGAGACUCCUCUCCAAGCCGAGACUCUUCUCUCUGUACCACCAACCCACGGCAACCUGUAAUCAUCCACAGCUCUGGGAAGAAGUUUGGCUUCACACUUAGGGCAAUUCGAGUGUAUGCUUGUGAUGGUGACAUCUACACGGUCUACCACAUGGUUUGGAAUGUAGAAGAAGGUGGACCUGCACAUAAAGCUGGACUCAAAGCUGGAGACCUCAUCACUCAUGUAAAUGGAGAACCUGUUCAUGGUCUUGUCCACACUGAAGUAGUGGAACUGCUGCUCAAGAGUGGUAGUAAAGUGGCAAUCUCCACAACUCCCUUUGAAAACACUUCAAUAAAAACGGGUCCAGCCAGAAAGAAUAGUUACAGAAGCAAGAUGGUUCGAUGCGCCAAAAAGCCCAAAAAAGAGAAAACACCAGAAAGGCGACGCUCCCUUUUCCGGCGUUUCGCCAUGCAGCCCUCUCCUCUUCUGCAUACAAGCCGCAGUUUCUCCUCCCUCAACCACUCGCUGUCCUCUGGUGAGAGUCUCCCCGGCUCCCCCACCCACAGUCUCUCUCCUCGUUCCCCUACAGCCGCCUUCCGCCCCGCACCAGAUUUCACCCAGUCAGGUGGAGGUGGGAACUCUUCCCAGAGUAGCUCCCCCAGUUCCAGCGCUCCAAACUCCCCUGCUGGCUCAGGCCACAUUCGUCCCAGCACUCUCCAUGGCCUCGGUCCCAAACUGCCAGGACAAAGGCUUCGUCAGGGACGCCGCAAGUCUGCUGGUAGCAUUCCCCUCUCUCCUUUGGCCCGCACACCAUCACCUACGCCCCAGCCGACCUCUCCUCAGCGCUCCCCCUCCCCCCUCCUCAGUGGACAUUCUGUUGCCAUCUCAAAGACAACACAAGCCUUCCCAGCUAAGAUACAUUCCCCUCCCACAAUCGUACGCCAUAUUGUGCGCCCCAAAAGUGCUGAACCACCUCGUUCUCCCCUCCUAAAACGUGUCCAGUCUGAGGAGAAGCUGUCUCCCUCUUACACAGGAGAUAAGAAGCACCUGUGUCCUAGAAAACACAGCCUGGAGGUGACCCAAGAGGAGGUGCAAGGGGAGGAGUUGAGGCCAGGGGAGCGCGAUUAUACCAUCCUGCAGAGUGUGGAAGAAUCCGCCUGCGAGCCACUGUCAAUCAUCCGUGUCCGACCUGUAGAGCAGGGCUGCUUAAAGAGGCCGCAGGUCACUCGUAAGAUGAGCCGGCAGGAGUCUGUGGAGGACCUGGACAAAGAAAAGCUCAAGUCCAAGGUGGUUGUAAAAAGGCAGGACUGGUCAGAGAGGAGGGAGUCGCUGCAGAAGCAAGAUGCCCUUCGUGAAUCAGACUUCGCCCCCGUAACUGGCGACGACAGGGAUGAAAGCUUUCUAGUCAGGGGCCAGAAUAAACCACAGUGUAGCCCAGAGUCGGGCCCUUUGGAGCCCAAAGCUGCUAGCACUACUCUUAAAGAUGUGCUGUAUAAGAAACUGACCACACGUGUUUCUGAAGGCAUGUCUGAACCUGGUGGCAGCAGUGAUGGAGAAUGUGGCUUCAGAUCAACACUCUGCUCUAUUCAUCCAGAGUGGCAGCACAACAGGACAAGUAAAGACAAUAUGAAGCCAGACAGGUUGGACUUCAAAGCUCCUAACAUUGAGUUCACCCGGAAGAGGUUAUCAUUUGAAGAACGAGAGGACUGCAUGUGUCGGUUAUCGUCCAGCCUCCACGAGAACCUCCACUUCGGCUCCACCAGGUCUAAAAGCCUCCAGCUGGACACGGCUAUGUCUCAUGAUCACAUUAAGGCGGGGCUAGGAAGUGUUCACAGCAGCCCUGAAGGUUUGGCCCCCAAGCUUUUCUCUGGCAGAGGAGAGAGUGCUGUGGAAAAACUCCAGCUCAUCUCCUCCACAGAGUCUCCACUUCGGAAAACAUCAUCAGAAUAUAAACUAGAAGGAAGACAUGUUUCCUCUCUCAAACCUCUGGAGGGAACCUUGGAUAUAGGCCUCCUCUCAGGGCCAAGAGUCUCUAAAACAGAAACCUGUUUAUCCAAGAUGGCAGAGAAAACAAGUGACUCUAUUUCUGUGAGCCCUCCAAUUUGGCUCCAGAGCCCUAUUGAGAGACACAUAACCAUUCCCCACCUCAAAACUACAGACAAGCCGAAGAGCCCCCUGGCUUGUUCCCCAAGCCCAGAGGCUGUUUGUUCUCCAAGUAGUAUAGCUGUCUCUAAAGAACAAGAGUCAAAUAACACAGCCGUAGAGGGGAAAAGCAGCACAGGUAGUGAGAAGACACAGGACAGACAUCAUGAAUCAUUAAAGGCCCCCGUCAUUAAAGGAGAAAACUCUACCUUUACUCUUAAACAAGAGAGCAGGACUGCUAUGAAGUCCACUUCAUCACUGGCCCAUGAACACAGAGGCCCUCGACACAGCUCCCACUUCUCCUCAUGUGGAAAAACACCUUCCAUACGGGAAGUCAGCAAUGAAGACCAGGACGAUGAAGUGGAGCUACAGGAAGUCACAGCACACACUACAUCACAAAACUCUGACAGCUCCAAGACAGACGUCUCUUUGACUUCAGCAAAGCUGGAGGUAGACAUAAUAACUGUUCUGGCACCUACACAAAUGGAGACUUCAGCUGCGGCGGUCAGUGAACCAUUACCUGUGGCAGUGACGCAAAGUAUAAACUCUGGUUUGGAUACAACUCCACUUCAGAGCUGUGAGGCACCAGUUACUGCACCGAAGUCAAACAUGGCCUCUGUUUCUAAGGUGAAUGUACAGAAAGACUCUCCAUCUGUACAAGCUCCAGAGGAAGUGCAACCACUUCUAUCCAAACAACUUUUGAACAUCUGCUCUUUAAAUAAAGAACCCCAGGUUUCUGUCACAACACCAGCAUCUGGUUCUGUAAAUGAAAAUAAAAUCUGUACUUCAAAAUCAGAGGGUCAGGACAACAACGAAAUGCCUGUUAGCAGACAGGGUGUACAAAUGACGAGCACAGCUGUGAAAGACAUUGGUGACACCAGUGGCUCAGGCUCUAAAAAAGACAUGAAGACACAGUCCACAGUUCCAGCGGUGAAUGCAAACCCAAUCACAGAGAAGAAAGAGGAUGUUUCUAAAGGAGCAGUGAACAUUGCAUCCUCAUCUAGUAAUGUUGCAGAAGUUAUACUAACUGUAAACAAAAAGAAGAUUAACACUGUGUCUGUAGGUGCAAUAGAGAGCAGUAAUAUAUUGCUGCAAAAGAGUGAGGAUCCCACAUCACCAAAGACAAUGAAUAAAAGCAGUGUGAAAAAUUCAGAGCAACUGGUACAAACAAACUGUCCAGCUGAAAAAGCACAGUAUAAAUCACCUGCUUCAGAAAAUUGCACUUCUAAAAAAGAAGAAUCUGUUAUUGUAAGAGAAAACACUGUGGCCCCUACUGCAAAGCAGAAAAGUUUAGUUUCAACCAUUGCAAAUGAAAAUGUUUUUAGUCCUAAAAGUAAAACAAAACCUGACCCACAGCCUGCACCUCACACUGCUGUGAAAACAGAGACAAAAACACUUGAAGUGAAGUCUCAUAGUACACCUCCUCCUGCCACAGGGGGCAAAGGCAGCCCAAAUGGAAAACGGAGAGAUCAGCCGAAAGAAGCACUGUCCGUUACUUCAGCCUCUGGGAAAACCCACGAGCCUGCACACAAAGAAACAUCAGCGGUUUCUAAUGUGAAGCGGGAUGUACCAGUGCAGCUGAUUCACUGUCCCCCUCUGUCUGAUAUGAAGCAAAGAGAAACCCAGCCUAAAGCUUUUGUAGCAAGCUCUGUAAUAAAAGACCACAUGGACUCGAAGCCAAAAUCUGCCCCUGCCAAAACCGUCAGCUCACCUGUACCCCUGAAACCCACUGUAGCUCAAACCCCUGUCAUUAAACAAAGCCCUGAUGCCAAACACAAAGACCCCUCACCCAAAACCCAGACUCCACUUCUUAAAGACUGUCAAGACUCUAAACCAAAAGAUGUUGCUUCACCUCUUAAUGCACCUCAGCAUCACAGGAAGGAGCCUCUGUCCCCGUUCGACGUCCCGGUCCAGGGUGAUCCACCUCCGGUGCUGCCAAAACCAGCGCUGAAGAAAGAACCGCACUCGCAGAGCAGUGGAGCUGUCCCAGUACGUGUCGAGACCGGAGUCAAGGUAUCCAAGGAAGCCCCCAGGUCUGAAGGACUGAAACCAGACGGUCACAAGGGCCCUGGAACACACGAAACCAGAACCACUACCACCACUGCUGACAAGCAGGUUUCCUCCAGCCGCAAGGACCAGGCUGACAGGAAGAAAAAAGACGCUGCUCAAGAGGUCACAUCUGUGCAGAAAAACACAAAAAGAGACACAUCCAAAGCUGCUCCUCCUGCACAAAAAGACACCCCAGAUAAAGACACUGGCAGGAGCAAGCAGCAGAAGGAGUCGCCACGGAGCUCUAGCAACAAAAAGUAGAAGGGUGUUUUAAAGUAAACGCUUCAGAGAAUUUAGAUUUAAUAAAAUGUUAGAAAUGGUUUGUGCAGACAUCAUCAUGCCUUCUCUUUUCCUUUGAGGACCGGGCAAGCUGUUACAUUGUGAUGCUGAAUCAGAUGUAGGUGUGUGUGUGUGAAUAAGAUGACAUAUGUAACUGUAUCUAGGUCUGAAUGUAGGCAAUCAUUUGCUGAUUCUUUUUGGUGUGUCUGUUUUUACUUAGAAGAAUGUUUGUUUGAGCGUUAUAUUUGAGAAUGCUUUGUGCAAUCAGUAUGUCAGGGUCAACAGGGAGGAGCCUUACAAAGGUUGGGAUGUACUGUAGUCAGUGCCAUAAAUGAUGUUGAAUUGCACUCUUUAACUUGUAGACAUGGAGGACCUGAUGUUGAAGGCGCUGUUCUUGUAAUGCAGUAAACCGCACAGUUUGGCUUAGCAACUUGGCUGUGGUGAUGAUGCCGACUCACACGGUUGUAUCACAGUGGUUUCCGUUCAGUGUAAUCAGACUGUGAAUUCUCAUUGAGUUGGGGUCUGUGCAGUGGUACACGAAGGGAACGCACUACAUCCCGUGCUUCUCCCCUAAAUCUUUAAAAAUAGUGAAUCACAAUACGGUUCUACAAAUCAUAAAUUAGUGAAGGGGCCUUAGAAUUCUGGGAAAUAAAACUUGCUGUUCUUAGCAAGGUGGGGUGUAAUUUCACAUUCCUCUGUCAUCUGUACAUAUAUUUUUGAUUUUUAUGCAAUAUGGUGUAAAUAUGAUAACACUGUAAAACGGGGAUACAUGGGCUUACAUGAUUGUUGUUUGUAUUAUAUGUAUAGAUUUUGCAGUGUCAUGUUUGUAUGCUCAGUAUUACAGAAUCAUGUUCUGCUUGAUAACUCUGUGGUCUGAAGUAAGCUAAAGUGAUGUAUCUUGUCUAAUACAUCCUCUUUGUGACUUUAAACAUGUUUUCACAUGUUCCAAAUUAACUUGAAGAAAAACAAAAGAAAUGAGGGGGUAACUGGGCUGUUAAAAAAAUGUAGCAUCAUAUAAGAAAACUGUGAGGGCUGUCGGCUUUUCCCAAGAAUGUCUUUAUUGUUGAGGAUGUAUCUGUUUGCUGACUUUGGUCUGACGAAUGAUGACUGUGUAGAAUAUGACGCAUAGCGUAGAGAAGAUGUUUUGUUUUGAUUGAGAUGAACCAGCAAGGCUGCAUUUAAUUUGCCAAUAAGCACUGCGGUGGAUUAUGUCCAUGUGUGCCCAGAAUGAUCUCAGAUCAAUCAUGUGACUCACAUUAGGUCUAUAAAAGUUCAUGUCCUGUACACAGAGUGCUACCGUCAGGAUUUUUAAGGCACUUUGACUUUAGGCUUUGGUCUCUGUGUUAUUCGAGUCACGUGUUAGUGUUUAGAUCUCAGAGGACUCGUCAUGAUGAGCAGCACCCGGAUUAAGAUUUUAGACGACAAAUGCAUAGUAAAGUUCACCUUCACUGCGUAUUUUUGAUGUUAAUGUGCAAACACUGGGUACUAUAUAGGCUGUGUCUAUACUUUAGAUGCCUUUAAAUUGCAAAGCCCUACAUGACAACCAGAAAGUAGCCUAGGACACUAAGUAUGUAAUGCAGUAUUUGCUCCUUUGUGCUGGCUGUAGGAAAACAAUCUUAUCUUAUACUUAUACUCUACAUUAAAGAGUCAGACAGAAUUUCAUUUAACUUCACACAUAAUGCACCGUAGUUUAUAUAAAAAUGGCUUCCAAGAAUGACACUGAAACGCGAGAUUGAGCGCAAAGAUUUUAAUGUUGCAGAAUCUGAUGUUUACUCGCAUUAGAUAUUGUAAAUGUAUUGCUAAUGUAUUAUGAGAGAACAAAUGCACCUUAAUGUUUGCCAAACUUCAGUUCAGAGGGUUAGGAAGAGAGGCGGACUGGAACUGAGAAAGAUUUAUUCAUUUUCCACUCGUCCCGGCUGCAGAUCGAAAUUAAUCACCUGAUAUGUUUUUAACAAUUAAACAUUUCCCCCCAACACACCCCCCCUGUGAUAACUGACAUAUAAAUCCUAAUAGCACAUUCAGUGUUUGUUUACAAAAAAAUCAUGGAUGUAUAUUUUGUACAUUGUUGAUUUGCCAAAUCUAUGUUCUGUGUCACAGAUAAUGUUGUUUAUAGUAGUGUGUGACUCUGUUCCUUCGCCACCAGGUUGUUUAAUAACAACAUUCGUUUGUGCAGUAACAAAUGUCUUUACAAAUGUCAGGUUCUUCUUUGUCUGCUUGUCUUUUCAGUUUCCUUUACCCCCCCUAGUAUUAGAUGAACUCGCUUACGAUGGUUUGUCGUCGUUUGUUUGUCUUUUAGAAUAUGUGCAAUAAAAGUGUUUUGAGUUUUGUAUUUUGCCCAAGGAAAGCUCUAUGGAUGUCAUAGAUGUUGUAUAUUAAAAAAGAUAUUUAUACUUAUAAUGUUGCGUAAAACUGAAAAUAAAAUGAAUAUAUAAAUUAA